UCUCAAGUACUUGUUGGUUGUCAAUUUGUCUCUAGCAUUAGGCUCGAAGUUAAAACUCCGAGCCGGAAUCCAGCGCAGAUGCAGUUACAAAGUUCGAAGUGGUGUUAUCGAUGGCUGUCGAAGCCGGAUUUGUGAUAAUAAUCUGCAGUCUCUGUUAUCUGCAAUAAUCGAGAAUUUAUGCAGUUGUAAAAAUAUUUAAGCUUUUUUCUUAUGUUUAAUAGAUUUUCACUAAUCAAAGAAUAUUUUAACAUUGAUUAACUUUAAGUUGUCCAUAAGCCAUCAACUGUUUAAUUUCAGUUGACACCAAAGAGACAUUGUUUAUCACUGAUAGUGUUCUCCAAACUUCUAAUAAUGUGCCAAAAAGAAUAAUAGCAGAUGGAAUUUAACAAAUUUUUUCAGAAACCGUUGAAUCAAUUGUAAUCAAGGACAUAAUCUAGUACCAAAAAAAAUGCUAGUCUUAAGCGUACUCCGCCAAAUCACUUUAAGGUGGUUCAAUGUGAAACAAAAAACCUCCCAAGGAGUUCAAUCGGCUCGAGAUGCCAUCUUUCAAGGAGGAAUGAUUGUCGUCUGUUCCAUUCUAAUUAUCUGGGUCUCCAUAUUCCUUUAUACAGCUUUUUACUAUGCUUACAUGCCUAGUAUGACUUAUGUAAAACCAGUGCAUUUAACAUUUGAUUCAUGCAAAGCAGUAAAAGGUAUAUGUAGUUUUCCAACUGCAUAUGUGUAUUUAACGAAGAAACAGCAACUUUUUAUGGUUGGCCAGCCAUAUAAGGUCAAUUUACUUCUGGAGAUGCCAGAAUCUCCAGCUAAUAAAGAAGUUGGUAUGUUUAUGGUAUGUGCAAAAUUGCAGAGUAGAGAUGGAGUUCUUGUUAAGCACUCAUGCCGUUCUACGAUGUUACAUUAUCGUAGUACUCUUUUGCACACGUUGACUACUUUAACUUUUUCACCAAUGAUGAUUUUUGGAGUCACAGAAGAAAAACAGAAUAUUGUUCUUGAGUUGUUUGCAAACUUCGUAGAGGAUCAAAGUCAUCCUGUAACAUUGGUGCAUGUUGAGAUUCAAUCGCAUCACGUGGAAUUUUAUUCUGCGACUAUAAUAAUAAAUGCUCACUUAUCAGGCCUUCGAUAUCUAAUGUUUCAUUGGCCAAUAUUAUCUGCCAUUGUAGGGAUUAGUACAAACUUGUUUUUCAUAGCACUCGUGUGUAUUUUGUCAUACUUGCACUUUACCUCUGAAGAAGAUAAUGCAGAUGAAAAUUUUCCUUAUGAGAAGGGAGAGGUGGAUGAUAAAGAUGCGAAGUUAGAUAGUGAAUUGUCAAGGGAUGCAUCGUCUACAGAAGAUGUUUCAAUGUUUGAGGAAUUUCCCACAUUGCUUGAAAAAGACCCACCAAGUCUAGCAGAUCCAUCACUAGAGAAACAAAGUUACAUUCAAGAAAUACCUUCGUGAUUUGCUAAACCAUUGACAAAACUGAUGAAAUGAGUGAUGUGUUUCAGGUAUAGUACAGGUACCAAUAAAUGUUGAAAAGACAUUCCAACUAAAAUCAACUAGAAUUGUUUGACAAGAUUUAUACAACUCAGGCUUUAAUAUAAUUGUUGUAGUAGAUUGUAUGUUUCAAUUGAUAGAGUUUAAAUGUGGCAUAAUGAUAAAAACCUCAUGUUAACUUUUUAAAAAUAUUUUUAAAGAAGGAAAGCUGUUGUCAUUUUGGAGGGAAUUGUAUCCAUUUAAGAAUCUUUAAUAUACACAAGUCAAUAAUUGUAUUGACAAAAUCGACAUAAUAAUGUGCACCAUUAUGUAAAUAAAAUGAAAAAAUUGUACAAUAAAUUCAAUCUUCAAUGGCAUUCACAAGAAA